CGUGUGUCGGGGCCGCGCGCGCUGAGGACGCUGAGGGAGGCGCGCGCUCGUGUCACAUUCUUCAGAGGAUCCGGUAAACGGCAGAAACACCGACCGACGAGCGGCGAGAGCGGCGACAGACAGCAGCGGGCGAGAGAAUGCUGGCUGAAGAUGGACGUUCCUGAAUACCUGGAUCUGGAUGAGAUCGACUUCACUGAUGAUUUACCUUACAAGAGCAUUCCUGAGCUGUGCCGAAGACACGAUGGAGCAAACGACGAGAGACAAGCUCCGUCCAUCAACUGGGCUCGUAGCGCAGCGUCACACGGCGGAGCGGGAAUCAAGCCCACCGGCGUCGCAGACGUCUACAGCAAGUUCAGACCGGUCAAGCGCGUGUCUCCCCUCAAACACCAGCCGCAGGAGUCGGAGCCGGAGGCCGAGGGGAAGAGCAGCAAAGAGGACAAGAGCAGAGGCCUGCCGAUGAACGGAGCUCUGUUUGGAGAGCUGGAGCACUACGACCUGGACAUGGACGAGAUCCUGGACGUGCCAUACAUCAAGUCCAGUCAGCAGACGGCCAGCCUGAAGAAGAGGAGCGCCGGCGGUAAAGGAGCGACGCUAGUGCUCUCCGAGAGCCUUCUCUCGCCCGUCAGCUGGCCCCACAUGAGGAAGUCCAAGUCUGUGGAUCAGGACUAUCUCAGAGCACAGAGCGCUCACGGAUCAGAGCCGGACCUCGACAAACCUGACGGCGGCUCGGCUGCGUUCCCUCUUCAGCCGGCCAAAGGCCCGAAGCAGGACAAGCCCUGGAGAACGUUUGGAGAAGCCGACGAAGAAGCCAAGAAGACGCAGAACAUCCUGAACAUCGUGAGAGAAGGACAGAUCUCUCUGCUGCCUCACCUGGCGGCGGAGAACCUGGAGCGCAUCCGAGACGAGGACGGGAACAACCUGCUGCAUGUGUCUGCGGCUCAGGGUCACGCCGACUGCCUGCAGCACCUCACCUCGUUAAUGGGCGAGGACUGUCUAAACGAGCGCAACACGCAGCAGCUGACGCCCGCAGGCCUCGCCGUCAGGGUACGACACACUCACACACAGCGGGUCUGCAUGCUACAGCAGGGUCUGCCUCACCUGGCGGCGGAGAACCUGGAGCGCAUCCGAGACGAGGACGGGAACAACCUGCUGCAUGUGUCUGCGGCUCAGGGUCACGCCGACUGCCUGCAGCACCUCACCUCGUUAAUGGGCGAGGACUGUCUAAACGAGCGCAACACGCAGCAGCUGACGCCCGCAGGCCUCGCCGUCAGGGUACGACACACUCACACACAGCGGGUCUGCAUGCUACAGCAGGGUCUACGACCCCCCGAUCAUGUGACUGACCGCCGCACACGUGUGUUACAGGAGCGCGUCCUGCUGUGGCUGCUGCAGUUCAUGCAGGAGCAGGCCAUUUCUCUGGACGAGGCCGAUCAGAACGGGAACACGGCGGUGCAUGUGGCGGCUCAGUUCGGACAUCUCAGCUGCGUUCAGACUCUGGUGGAGUACGGCUCGAACGUGACGGUGCAGAACCAGCAGGGCGAGCGUCCGUCCCAGAAUGCCGAGCGGCAGGGUCACAGCACCUGCUCCAGGUAUCUGGUGGUGGUGGAGACCUGCAUGUCUCUGGCGUCGCAGGUGGUCAAACUCACCAAACAGCUGCAGGAACAAACCACGGCGCGAGUCGCUCUACAGAACCAGCUUCAGCUGCUGCCGCAGACCCACGAGCUCAAAGACAGACCGCCGUCACCCAGCUCUCGUGUCGAAUCGGGGCCUGAGAUGACGCUGACGGCUGAAGCGGCUCCUGAUAACAUCCAGAGACACAUGGACUCGGACACAGUCCUGUGCAAGCUGCUGGGCAAAGAGCCGACGGAUGUGGAGGCGGAGCCUGGAGCCGAACCAAUGAGAAGGCUGGAGCCGGGCGAGAGGCGGGAUCUCAAGCUGGCGCGUCUCAAGCAGAUCAUGCAGCGCUCGCUCAGCGAAUCAGACGCGGAAGAGUCCAAACCGCCCCGACCCGAGAGGCCCACGCAGCUGCCCAUCACAGAGCACGCCGCCAAGUUCUCCUUCACACACAGGACUUCCAAAUCCGUGGAUGUUUACAACCCGUCUCCGUCGUCGGACCACAGCGACCCCGAAGCCAAAACCGAGGUGACGGGAGAGCUCCCCGAAGGCCAGAAGGUCACCACGAGUCCCAAAAGCGCCCUGAAGUCGCCGUCCUCUCGCAGAAAGACCUCGCAGAACCUCAAACUGAGAGUCACGUUUGACGAGCCGCCGCGUAAAGACGGACCUUUCAAAGUCCAGCCCGGAAAAGACAAGCCGGAGUCGAGCAAGCGAGCGUUCGGGACGCUCCGCUCCAUAAUGGAAACCCUGAGCGGAAACCAGAACAGCAACAACAACAACGCUCCGAAACACGCCGGGACGUCCGGAAAGAAGAGCAAAAGCAAGACGAGCGCCGUUUAAACCAGCAUGUAAGAAACUAGUGCGAAUCCAGACUAUUUAGAAACCAGGUGCUUGAUUACAUGAAUCUUUCCCACACUAUUUGCUUAAUAACACACUUUCUUACAUGCGAGUUUUGAAAUAUUCGUUUUGCAAUACUGUGAUUUUCUACAGGCCUAAUAAUCAAAACCAAGCAGAGAACGACGACCGUACAGCGAACGAACGAAUGAAUCAUGCUCUUUAUGAAUUGAUUCGGUGCUGCACCUUUAUUUCAUAACUCGAAUACGUUUAUAUGUCAUCUGUAUUGUUUUGAGUUAAAGUAUGGAUUUAUAAUGUUUGAAUGCAAGAAACGUUAUAUUAUUGGAAUCAUUGUAACGACAUUUGGAGAUUAAAAUAAAGACAUUUUCAGCUGAUCUAAUGCUAUCAAACGAGGA